AUGAAGCAAGUACAGAAUGAAAUGAUCGUGCAAGAAGAACUGCGAAAAGCAGCUCUAAAGUACUCCACUCUACAACUAGAAAGAAAGUUUGGACUGGAUGCAGACCAUGAACUUGAAAAGAAACUCGAGCAGCUGAAAAACAUAGGAAUCGAAUUUACAGAGAAACAAAAAAGCUGGCUUCUGAAUUUACCUUGGUUGCAACUAGUCCUAGACACAUCGGAUUUGACAAAUUCAUUUUUACGGUGCAAACUCUGCAGCAGAGAAGCUAAGCUGAGAGACGACGCAUUAUGGUUCCGCCACUGUUCGACUGUUACGCCCUGUCCCGAUGAGAAAUGUGUGAAUCUGAUGGGAGCAGGAAGUGUUUUGUGUAUCAAAAGAGUCUCAAAUUAUCAUCGCGGCUGGGGUGCCGGUAUCCUUCGCGCUGUCGGACGUCAUCCGAAUUCCAAAGAGCACGAAGACGGAUUGAAGUCUUAUCACAUGGCGCUCGGAGCUCAGGAGCAGCAAAAUCAGGAUCUUGCGGUAAAAGCCACCGUAACGGCGACAGUGGGAGCCUACACUAUAGCUAAGCAGGGUCUUCCCUUGACUUCGCAGUUUCCUCUGAUGAUGUUUGCAUUGAGAGCGGGAGCCGUUGUUGGCAGUGCUCACUACGAAGCAACAACUGCGAAACGAAUGAUAAAAACUUUUGCAGUGCACAUUGAAUACGAACUGUUCAGCUACGUGAUAGCAAAUGAUCUCCCAUUUUCUAUACUAAUGGAUGGAUCAUCAUCCUCAAGAGGGACGAAGUGGAUGGCGUAUAUGAUCCGCACUAUAACUCCCUCAUUCGAACCGUACACUUUCCACCUUCUUCUCGCCGAAAUAUCACGCGAAACAGGUCAGAUCAUAACAGACGUGCUACUCUCACAUCUAAACGAGCUGGACUCUUGGGUUACCUCUCCCGGUCUCAGGAUCUCACCACAUGAGCAUGCUAUGAAACGACUAAUUGCUAUUACAACAGAUGGAGCGGCUACAAUGACCGGUCGUGAUGAAGGUGUUUUUGGUAGGCUCCAGAGACAUAUCCAAUCGAAAAGCUCAUCUCCAGUGAGAACAGAAUUGCUCUUAUCUGUGUGUGCUGCCCAUCAACUGAAUAUUGCAAUGAAAAAUGCAAACCACAUUGCUUAUAAGCUUGCCAGAGCUCUUAUAAUGGAGAUGCACACGAUUUUCGGGACCCCACAAUCGUCCUCCGCAAGACGACAUUACAAAGACAUAGCACGUUUGAUGUCGUUUCCAAAUUUACAAAUGGGCCAAUUUUUCGCAAUUAGAUGGUCGGACAGCUUCAGUAAAGGGCUGAGUAACAUUAUUCGCAUGUGGCCGGUAUUAAUCGAAAGCUUGGAUAAGGUGGACAGUGACAGUAGCAUUUCUGAAAAUCUACGCAUCAGAGCAAAAUGCGCUUCCUGGGUGAUGCGGGAUGGACGCGUAUUCCUUAUGAUGAGACAUGUCUUGAAUGCUCUUCGUAAAGUCUCCUCUCUAUCGCUGCUUUUCCAAAAUACAGACAGUAUGGCCAUAGAUGCAAUAGAAGCUACUCGUGCUACUACACAGUCGCUUAUAGACGGGUCACUGAAAAAUGACCUACAUCAAGAACUGAUGGCAUACAAAUCUGUAAUAAAUGUUUAUGAUGGAAAACACCUAAAGCGAGUGGAUGAGCAAUUUCUGAUGAACUAUUAUGAAAUAUUAGAAAAUAGUCAAGCAAGAAAAUGGCGUCUUGUCUACCUUCCAGAAAGUUUCAAAGACUUCAAAAAGAAAGUUGAGGUCGACUUUACAAACGAAGAGAUAGAGGAGAGAUCUAGACUGCUAUCGUACAAAAUCUUCACUACGUCAGAAGGAUCAUCAAGCGAGAGUGGCCUUGAAGACAUAAUAGAUCUGGAUUCCAGUAGCCUCCAUUUCUAUCAGGACAGCUCCCCUGAUGUUAAUUUCGACGUGCCUUUAAAUUUUGGACUUGGAUCUACCUUUCGCGACUUCUUGUUGCACCUAGGUGAAAAGACUGUACAAAAGGAGGCUGAAGAUUUGUAUACCAACACCUAUACAUCUAUUAUCCGCAAAUUUGGGGAGCAAUUGAUACCGGGUAACCUCUUUGUUGCGGUAGAUCGCCACAUAAUCCUUGACAUCAUAGAUUUCGAUGGCGAUUUUAGAACGGAAUGGGAUAAUUACAUACCCCCAAAUGCUACUUUUUCCAACAGAGGGUAUCCAUUGUACAUUGGAUUACGUAAUGAGUACCAUACGUCUGUACGACGAGAUUUGAUGAAUGAAUCAAUAAGACUCUUGGAAAAAUAUUGUGUCGUUUCCGCAUUGAAAGAAGCUUUGUACUCUUUUUAUUCCACUUUGCACGAGAAAGUGGAAAGUUUAGAACAGUGGCCGGAGGAUUUAAGAAAUGAUAAGAGUUCUAAGAGGAUCUACAAAAAGCUGCUGGAAUUCCAAGAAAAGCUUAACAUGCCUGAGGAAGUUGAAAUGGUGCUCAAAUGCAUUCUCGUCAUUCCAUCCAGCAAUGCGGAUUCAGAACGAACAUUUUCCACAGCAAAUCGUCUUACAGCUGGCGAAAGGAGCAGUCUUUCCACAAAAACAAUCAAUACCAUGAUGCACAUUCAAAGAAAUGGUCCAAAUCUCUUGACACUAGAACCAUCUCAACUAGCCUAUCAGUGGGUACACCCCCUGCCUGGCCUGGGUUUGAGGUCGGGUGUACACUCCACCAGAGGAUCUUCCACGAACACAAUGGCUUCUAUUAAGAAAGCCUUCUAUGCAAAGAAUCUGGGUGAUGCUAAUUCGCUACGCAAUUUGAUUGGACCGGCAAUUGAAGUUGACACACUUCUGAACGUGUUUGGUGAUCAGGCGAUCAGGGCAACUCUUCAUAGCAAAAGCGAUAUAGAAGACUUUCGGAAAGACUUGAUAGCUGUGGAAAAAGACAAGGCGGCAAUUUUCAGCAUUGGGAUAGUUAAUGAUGAAAACCAAUAA